CGUCCGCCGCCACCCACUUCGGACACAGAACAUCCAGUCAUGGAUAAAAAUGAGCUGGUGCAGAAGGUCAAACUGGCCGAGCAGGCUGAGCGAUAUGAUGACAUGGCAGCCUGCAUGAAGUCUGUAACUGAGCAAGGAGCUGAAUUAUCCAAUGAGGAGAGGAAUUUUCUCUCAGUUGCUUAUAAAAAUGUUGUAGGAGCCCGUAGGUCAUCUUGGAGGGUCGUCUCAAGUAUUGAGCAAAAGACGGAAGGUGCUGAGAAAAAACAGCAGAUGGCUCGAGAAUACAGAGAGAAAAUUGAGACCGACCUAAGAGAUAUCUGCAAUGAUGUACUGUCUCUUUUGGAAAAGUUCUUGAUCCCCAAUGCUUCACAAGCAGAGAGCAAAGUCUUCUAUUUGAAAAUGAAAGGAGACUACUACCGUUACUUGGCUGAGGUUGCUGCUGGUGAUGACAAGAAAGGGAUUGUGGAUCAGUCACAGCAAGCAUACCAAGAAGCAUUUGAAAUCAGCAAAAAGGAAAUGCAACCAACACAUCCUAUCAGAUUGGGUCUGGCCCUUAACUUCUCUGUGUUCUAUUAUGAGAUUCUGAACUCCCCUGAGAAAGCCUGCUCUCUUGCAAAGACAGCAUUUGAUGAAGCCAUUGCUGAACUUGAUACAUUAAGUGAAGAGUCAUACAAAGACAGCACGCUAAUAAUGCAGUUACUGAGAGACAACUUGACAUUGUGGACGUCGGAUACCCAAGGAGACGAAGCUGAAGCAGGAGAAGGAGGGGAAAAUUAACCGGCCUUCCAACUUUUGUCUGCCUCAUUCUAAAAUUUACACAGUAGACCAUUUGUCAUCCAUGCUGUUCCACAAAUAGUUUUUUGUUUACGAUUUAUGACAGGUUUAUGUUACUUCUAUUUGAAUUUCUAUAUUUCCCAUGUGGUUUUUAUGUUUAAUAUUAGGGGAGUAGAGCCAGUUAACAUUUAGGGAGUUAUCUGUUUUCAUCUUGAGGUGGCCAACAUGGGGAUGUGGAAUUUUUAUACAAGUUAUAAAUGUUUGGCA